AUGGAUGGCCGACUCGCAAAGUCGGCCAUCCAUUUGGAGGAACGACUCCCAAGGGACAUCCGACAACUGUAUUUGAGAGUCGUUGACGAAUCCUUGGGAGUCGUUUUUCCAAGGCCCAAAAAGAAACGGGAAAACCGGGUUCAUGAUUUUCAUUUAACAAUUUUUGGAGCCCGUUUCAAGGCCUUUAUCAACAACGUUUUAAAAUAUUUACAAGUUGUGCACGGCACUCUCCUGUGGAAAGUAGGUCUCCCACCACCAAUUCCGCCUCUGGUCCAGCCACGCCAAACCCCGCUUCCGCCUCUCGGUGCCCCGCUCCAUCUUAGCCCCUCCGCAGUAUACACUAACCCCGGUCCACAGUUGGCCAUGAGCCCCAAAGCCCAUCAGUGCCUGGAUUCCCGCAUUAAGCUUUUGGAAACUUUUGCAUUCCACCCCGCUCAGCCCACACUUUCCCGCGCCUCAGAAAGUUUGACUUUCUACUUGCGCCCCACCACUUUCCUCAGCCUUCCGCAUGCUUUCCUUGUCAGCCGUGUGCAUUCUGCACCCGCCCAAACAAUUCAGCCAAAGCUUUGGCCCCGCGCGCACUCUCACCACCACACCGCUGUACACAAUUUUGGACGGGUCCAAAUGGUCAAGGCCAAAAAAGUAGACUUUUUUUAA